ACAUUACAGUUGUGUGCUCUUGUUGCGCCGUUUAUUAUUUAUUAUUAUUACAAAUACAUUGUACGAAAAAAAAACAGUAAAGAAUUUUUGUGGCAGACACAAAAAAAAUAAUGGAACACAAAAUUAAGUUGAGCAUCGAGGAGAUUUACUCGCGGAUGCAGGAGAAUGAUCCAGAUAUCACGAAAGGCGUUCCCAAUAUAUUCAAAUCGCCGGUCUGGAGUAAAUAUCGCUGUAUUUUCUACAAGGGACACCGCCAAGACUUUGCACAGUGCAACUCUUGUGGCAAAUUGAUGCUUCACAAGGCGCGCACGGGAAAUUCUCAACUACUUCGACACAAAUGCGCCACUGCCAAGAAGCAAUAUCGCGUUCCGAACGAACGUUACGACGACUCUCGCGUUGCCAUGAAAGACGAGGACGGCAGUUUCGACACUUAUGAGAAUGACUCAACGACGGAAUUUAACAAAGAUGAGUCUUUGGAUGAAGUUGAUCGAGCUCAAGUGUCGUUCAAACAAGAGGAAGAUUUCCACGAAGGACCUGUGGCAUGGGUUAAAGUCAAUAAUAACAGCAGUUACAAUCAUCAUAACAACGAAUCGCUGUCGCCGGAGGAAAUUGCGGAUUUUUCACAGUCAUCAGAACAUUUGUCACGUGAAGAACUUUCCUUUAAAAUCGCACAAAAAGAUGCUGGGAUCAGUUUUUCCAUGAAUCACGAACAUCCACGAUGGAAGCAAUUUGCGUCGAUUUUUUAUAAUAAUAUUGAGCAACAUUAUUUGCGAUGUGUGACAUGCGGCGUGCUUUUGCGUGGCGACAAGAGAACCUCAAUUGCUUCGUUGUCACGUCACAAGUGUUUACCUCUGGAUCCGAAACCGAUGUCGCCGCUUUUCAGUCCAAGCCUGUUACUUCAAGCAAAAUUAGUGUACAAAAGCCUGCGAUCGCCCGAACUAUUCGACGAUCCAAAUUUCGCUGAUUUCUGUGCAAGCCUCGUCGAUAACCAAACACAACCGGAACUCGCGAAUCGUCGAAAAAUGACAGAUAAAAUUUUGCCGCUCAUGGUUGAUCGCAUCAAAGAAGAAAUUCGCGCCGAAAUUCGUACUGUGAACGCUUGUUUGUCCUACGAACUUUGGAAUUGGGACGAACAUCGGAAAAUUUUCACCCUUUAUGCGGAUUGGAUCAAUCAUGAGUACCAGUUGAAGCGAUAUUGCUUGGGAACGGUGCUCGCCGAGUCAGCUUCGAACAAAAUUAAUCUCGAUCCGUUGAUCUCCGCCAUCUUGAAAGAUUACAUGGAUGACGUCACAACCUUUAAAAGGAAGAAAUGCGUCUUGAUUGUCGCCGAAGACUUGAGUAAUGCGGAAAUUUCGGGCAUUCAAGUGACCGAUAUCGAAACUGUGACUUGUAGUUUGGAGCAAAUCAACCAAGGGAUCGUUCGGAUGUUAGAAAAUCCAUCUGCGGAGUACUUGAGGAUGCUUAAAAACGUUCAUAAAAUCCAAAAUUUGAAGCAGCUGAUGAUAUUUUUGGAUUCUGUGAUCACAACGGACGAUCCCAAAUUCGAUAUGUUCCUGCAUGCGUUGAAAAUCCUCAAAGAAUUCGGAAAUUCAAUCUCGAAUUACAAAGAAACGACGGUUGAUUCGAUUUUUUUGUGGAAAAUUAAGCUUCAGAAGCAUUUCACGCCCUUGGAAAGUGAUGAACCUCGUCUCGCAGAAGCUAAAACCGCAAUUCAUGACGCCAUUUCAGCUGCUUUGACCAUCACCGACAUGCACAAAAUCUCCGUGUUCCUAAAUCCCAAAUUUAAACACUUGAAAUUUAUUUCGCGCGCGGAACGCAACGAAUUUGAGGACAUUGUGAUGUCUCGGAUCAACGAACAACUCUUGGAAGUCGGGCUCGAUCCAAAUACUUUUGAAAUCCGUACUAUGAGCGAUACGCAAAACGAGCCCAAAGGCAACGAGCUGUUCGCAGAAUUCAUGGAAACGAAUCCGGGCAGCUUUACGUUAGCAGAUUCGCUGAAAAAUGAGGUGCGACAAUACAUGGAUACGAAAAUCAAUGGAAGCGGAGACCUUUUGCCGUACUGGCGACACAGCAAUUUCGAGGAUUUACGGAAACUUGUGCGGAAAUAUUUGAUGAUUCCUGCUUGUUCGAUCCAGAGUCGCAUUAAUUACUUGAAUUUGGAUCAUCAUCUCAUCGAAAGACGAAAAGCCUUGGAUUUGCUUGAUAUUCAGAACGUGCUUUUCUUGUAUCAUAACAUGCCGUAAAAGGAAAUGAAAGACAUUCCAUUAGUUUUUAGAGAUAAAUUACCAUUAAAAUUAAGGAAAUAUGAGAGAAAAAUAUUUUUGUGAAAAAAAAAAAUAAGGAAAAAUGACAACGAAGUUACUUAAAAAAAUCGAGAAAAUGAAUGAAAAUUGUA